UUAUUUUUUUAUUUUUUUUACUGUGGCUGCUUUCUGCCAGGCACAGUGAUGCAUUCGUCACAUGGGGAAGUCAGGCGUGCUGACCUCAACGCUUCUCUUUCUGCUUAAAACGAAGACGUGCGAAACUCUUCGGUCACCGGCGCUCCUCUGUCGUCAUUUUCGAGCGGCUUUCCUUUGUCGUCGUUCGUGGUUUCUGCUGCCAUCUUGCGUUCGUCCGCGGGAUCGCCCGACUCCGAUCGGCGCAUCCAGGUAAACACGAUCGGCUGGUCGAGUCUGCGCAGGUAGUUCGGGAGGAGGUGAGGUCACCCUUGUUGUUUUUUUUUGUUUUGUUUUUCUCUGGAAUAAACAGCCCCGCUUUUUUCCGUCUGCCGGGGGCUCUCCUGAAUUCCCCGAUGCGCUGGUGAGAUAGAAGAGGCUGGGGCAUUCACAAACGAUGUACCUCGUCAGAUUUUUUCAAAGUACUUGUCGAAAGUCCACAGCUGUUUCUGGCGAUCGCUCAAGGUGACUACAUGGCCAUGUUGUUCCUCCUGCUGGUGCUGUUUCAACUCCUCUCCUGCGGAGACUCCGUCUGCCUGAGAAGUUUGCCGUCGCGAAAUGCAGGGCCGGAAAGCCAGCCCCGUGAAGUUUUCGUGGAAGAGGAGGAGGCGAAUAAGUUCCUGGGACGCCAUCUACUGUUCAACCGGUUUGACUUUGAGAUUUUCACGCCGGGCAACCUGGAAAGGGAGUGCUACGAGGAGGUCUGCAACUACGAGGAGGCACGAGAAGUCUUUGAAAAUAACCAGGAUACAGAAGUCUUCUGGAAGAAGUACACCGAGGAUAAGGAUAAGCGGCCAUCACGUCUGGAUGUCACAUCUCUGCUGGUGGGCUUGAUUGCUGUUGGGGUGGCUGUUGUCAUCGUAGGCCUCCUGGCCUGGUACUUUUGCCAAAACAAAUGUAAAGGCGACCUCUCCCAUGCCAACUCCAUCAGGGUGCGUCCAAGACGCAGCAAUGCCUCCCUUAUCAUGCGGAGGCUAGAAGAGGUCUCUUUACAGCCAAUGCCUCCACUUGCACCCCAACCCCCUGUUGAGGACAUUGACUCCCUAGGUCUUCCCUCCUAUGAACAGGCCAUUGCAAGAAGUGGACCACAUGAUGCCCCCCCUCCACCCUACCCUGGCUCAAGACCUGGAAGUAUGCGACGAUAGUAGCUCGGGGAUGAGAAAUCUGCGGAUUUGUCAAGAUCAAAUAUAUAUUUUUACUGCUCACAUGAAUAUAUUUCUAUUUUACUUCACAUUGCAUAUCAGCACCAUAGCCGUGGUAAUGCAUUGUGCUAUUGAUCUUGUCUGAGCUCUCAUUUUACCUCUGUUUUUUUUUAAAUUUUCCCUGGUAUUAUUAUUGUCAGUCUCGUUAAGGUUAAGCUACGUUUUGUUGUGCUAUUUGUGUCAAUAUGUAUUUUGCCACUGUUCUUACCUUAUCUGUUUUCGCAACUUUUAAUAAUUAUUCUCUGAGGUGAUGUAACCCCAGUUCUGUCAGAUAAGACAUUUGUUUGUAUUUUACAAAGUUGGCUGUUUUUUUAUUUAAAUGUAUGGAAAAUGAAGAAACCAUUAUAUGUAGGAAAUUAAGGCUGCAAUACAUCAGAAUAUUACCAGUCUUAAACUGCAAUCGCUUGAAAGUGGGACACGGUAAAUAAUAAUAAAUGUUCCUGAUUCCUGAUGAUGUGUCGAAUGGUGUAGACCAAGAUUAGGACUGGACUACAUUGCAAGAUUAGUAUUAAUUUCAAGUGAAGAGGGAAAGUUGGGGAGGUGUUCCAGGGGUCAAUACAGUUCCCUGUUUCCUGCUGAUAUUGCUGACUGGUUUUAACAGGGGUCCAAUGAUUUCUUCCUAUUUCGACAGACGUUGUACUUAAAGUUGCUGUUUGUCAUGUUUUUGUUUUUUGCAUUUACAGGAUGCAUCUGGAGUGUCAUGAAACAUUGCCCUCUGAAAUCUCCAUAUUUAGUGAGGAGGUUACGUGGGAAGUUUCACUAUUUUAUUGAAGUUGCUCCAGUGUGGUGCAUUGUUAUGUCUGAGGCAGAGGCCUUUCAUCAGCGCUUAUAUUAAGGCAUGGAAGAGCAAUAUUUCCAAAAAGUCCCACCUCAGGGGUUUAUAUGGUAUCUGCAUUUAAUGGUAAUUUCAGCGGGGUUUGAGAUGUUCAGCUUACAUUUUCAAAUAGGCAGGAAGGUUAUAGCUGUGGUGAAGCAGCUUGAGGACAUUAGAAAAAUGGAAAGAGAUAUGCAGAGCAAUACUAUGAAAUAAACUCAGCCAAAGCAAAAACAUGGAACCAAUAUGCAAAAAAUAAAGUUACUAUUUAACUAUAUUUUUGGAUUAGUGAUUAAUCAUCGCUGGUUAAUUGUAGGCUCUGGAUGAAGUAUUGCCAGUAGACCUUGAUGCUGGUGUCUGGUCUCUGUGGUACAGAAAAGGUUCAGUAGAGGAAGGCAUGACAUGGAUCCCGAGCCACAGUUACUUCCUGGUGAGUUGAGUGUUGUGUCUCUGUAACUUAUGGUGCCAAAGUUCAUAACGUGUCGUAACGUCGCCCAAUGUACCGAAGGCCAAGUUUGUUGCAGUUGAUCUGUAAGUGGGACUACUUGAAAUGGAAAACUAUCAGAAGUUUUAAAUAAAUUAAUAUUUCAACUAA